UACAUAAGUAUUUCGGACUCAAAAUGUAAGCAACAAAAGAUUUGUAUACGAUCUAAUAGAUUUAAAACAUUUAUUUUAAAUGAAUGAUUGUAUUAUGAAAUUGCAUUAUAGUGUGAAGAAAGUGCUAUAAAAAUAACUUUGAAUAACUCUUCACAUUUACUUAUUUUUAGUCAAACGGAUGUUCACAUUGUUGGCUAGUAUCAAUUACUAACUGAUCAUUCAUUAAGUCAUCAAAACGAAACCUGUUUAAAGCUAUAAAUAAAUCAAAAUGAUCAUGAAUUCAUGACUUUUCAUUGUAUAUAUGAGUGAAUUCACUUGAAUUUUGAAAAUACAAAAGGAUGGAAAACCGUUCUUGUUCGCUUCUGUCGCUUGUUCAAUAGUUAAAAAUCAUAUGAUUGUCGAAUAUUCGAAAAAACAAGAAUUAUUGUUAUUGCUCUGUUAUCAAUAAAACAAUUUCAAAACGGUUAUAGGAACAUUAGUUUGUUGAACUUUCAAAUAUAGUCUAGUUUAUAAAGAAAAUGGAUCUGAAAUUUGUUGAUUGUAUUGUUUUUAUUUGUCUAGAUAUUGAUGAAUGUAUUGAAAAUACAAAUAUUUGCCAAUAUAUAUGUGAAAACCAAAUAGGAUCUUAUCGAUGUUAUUGUCCAAUUGGAUUUAAGAUAAAUAACUUAGGACAAUGUCAAGAUAUUGAUGAAUGUCGUCAAUUUCAAAUUGAUUGUGGUCAAGAUCGAACAUGUUUUAAUACUCAUGGUGCUUAUGAAUGUAUAGAUAUUCCAUGUCUUGUUGGUUAUAUUCGUCAAAAUGAAAGCGAUUGUUUAUUAAAAUGUUAUCAGCGUUCAUCCUCAUGUCGUCCUCGUCAAGCUAUUUAUAUUCGUCAUAGAUUUAUUGCUGUUCCACGAUUAACACUAUCAAAUCGAACAUUAUUUAGUUUACCUAUAACUUAUCGAAAUAAAAGUUCAAUAACAAUAAUCGAUAAAAAUCAUAUGAAUAUCUCUUUUCCUUUUAUACUUGAUGGUAGUGAUCUAAAAACAAAUCGAACAUUAAUUGAACCAAAUGAAUAUGAGUUCGAAAUACAUUUAUAUAAUACUGAAUUAAAUGGUAAACAUGUAGCUCAUCAUCGUCGUCGCUUACAUACAAUAUUUGUAAUACGAAUUAAUAUUUCACCGUUUCAUUUUUGA